AUGGCCACGGGCUCGUCCAGCCUUAGCCUGGGCGACGAGCUGAACUGCCCGAUCUGUCUGGAGAUCUUCAUCGACCCCGUGAUGCUGGAUUGCGGCCACGACUUCUGCCGGCAGUGCAUCCUCCAGUGCUGGGAGCGGGAGAAGAAAGCGUUCUGUCCCGAGUGCGGAGAGGUCUUCCGCGACAAGAACCUCAAGGCCAACCGAGCCCUGGGCGUGUUGUCCAACAAGAUCCGUAACCUCAACACGAAGGACCCCGUGGACCCCAGCAAACCCUUCAACCCCUUCUGCGAGGAGCACCAGGAGGAGCUGAAACUCUUCUGUGAGACGGACAAGAAGCUCAUCUGUGUGAUGUGCCUGGACCGGCGCGAUGGGAGAAGCCACAAGGCUCACAACUUCAUGCUGAUCAAUGAGGCGGUGGAGAUCUACAAGGAGAAAAUGAGAGUCAAUCUGCAGACCCUGAACCAGCGGAAGACCUCAGUGCAGAAUGUCCUUCUAAAGCAGCAGCAGAGUAUCUCCGAGAUCCAGGAACAGUCGAACAAUUUGCAGAAACACAUCACGACGGAAUUCGCCAAACUGCGCACGGUCCUCGAUGAGAAAGAGCGCUUGCUGGCCAAGGAGUUGGCCGACCAGGAGGAGGACAUCUUGAAGAAGAUGGAGACCAACCUCCGGGACAUCCAGGAGCACCUGAACGAGACGGAGGAGAAGCUGUCCAAUGUCCAAACACAGCUGACCCAACAAGAUGCCUUCAUCUUACUGAAGGAGGACCCAGACAAGGGGAAGAGUGACAGCAAUUAUCAAACGACUGUUGCGGAAGGCAAGCUACCGCUGGGCUCGUUCAAAGGACCCAUCCAAUAUCGAGUGUGGCGGGAUAUAAUGGAAGUGAUCAACCCAGCUCCCGCCUCUCUCACCAUGGACCCGAGUACAGCCCACCCGUUGCUAAUCCUGUCCGAAGACCGCACCAGCGUGAAGCUGGGCGACAAGGCGCGGUCAGAGUUGCCGGAGGCCAGCAACGACCGAGAGGUCAGCGUGCUGGGGGCCAUGGGCUUCUCGUCCGGCCGCCACUACUGGGAGGUGAACGUGGGCAACAAGACGGCGUGGGACCUGGGGCUGGUGAAGGAUGUGGUGCGCAAGCGGGGCUCACGUUCGGCGCAGGACACGGGGUUUUGGGUGCUCACCCUCAAGAACGGCAGCGAAUACUGGAUCACCACCGCCACGCCCACGCGUAUCUCCGUCAACUCCAAGCCCAGGAAGGUCGGCAUGUACUUGGACUAUGAGGGCGGGCAGCUGUCGUUCUACAACGCCAGCAACAUGGCCACCCUCUUUACUUUCAUUGACAGUUUCACCGGCAAGGUCUUCCCGUACUUCAGUCCCGGCAACAAUGAGGACAGGAAGAAUUCCGAACCGCUCAUCAUCGUUCAAUUCAAGAACCAUUAAACCAGCCAC